AUGGGGAACGAAGCAAGCCUGGAAGGAGGCGAAGGGCCGCCGUCUGGGCUACCAGAGGGUCUGGCACCUGACGGGAAGGGUGGCUUUGUGCGGGUCGCCGAUGGCACUCCGGUCAAUCUGAGUGAACUCAGCGAGGAGCAGAGGAGGCAGCUCGCCGCGGCGAUGUCAAGGACGCAAGGCAGGCAGCCCGGAGGCGCAGCAGCUGCACGAAGAACAUCUGUAUCUGAUACCCAUCAGCGCUCCCAGCCGGUAGGGGCCUCCAGGGGUCCGACAGGUCUCAGUAAGAGUCGAACUGUAGACGCCUUCAACCAGGGUCUACCAGGCAAGCCCACACCGGGCCGCAGCCCAUCGUCCCUCAGCCUUUUUGAAUCCAGAUUCCGGCAGGAGCCAAAAGACCCAGAGACCAAGUCAUCCGGCAUGUUUGGAUCCGGCUUCCUCAGCGGGGCCAACCCCCUGAGCGCUAUGACCUCCUCUGUCUCCUCCUCCAUAUCAUCCAUGGGCGAUACUGUCAACAUGCCCAAGUUUGGACGAUUUCGGGAUGAGGAAGUGGGAGAUGCAUCGGCAACACCUGAGUCCAAGCAAGGAGGAAAGCCACCAGGCAAGGGCCCUCAGCAAGGGUCAGGUCCCAAGGGACCACAACAAGGAGGACCUCCAAAACAGGGUCAGGGCUCUCCUGGACAGGGACCAAAGCCAGGUCAAGUACCCCCUGGGCAGGGACCCAGGCAAGGUCAGGGACCACCAGGCCAGGGACCAAAAUCAGGCCAGGUUCCUCCAUGUCAAGGACCCCCUGGGAAAGGACCCAGUCAAGCUCAGGGACCUCCAGGCCAGGGACCCAAAGCAGGACAGGGUCCUCCUGGCCAAGGACCCCCUGGGCAGGCCCUGAGGCAAGGACAGGGACAACCUGGCCCGGGGCCCACAUCUGGUCAAGAUGCUCCCAGCGAAGGACCCCCUGGGCAGGCCCCCAGGCAAGGACAAGGACAACCAGGCCAGGGACCUAAAUCUGGCCAAGGAGCACCUAGUCAAGGACCCCCUGGGCAGGCCCCGAGGCAAGGUCAGGGUCAACCAGGCCAAGGAGCCCCAGGGCAACAAGGCCCCAAACCAGGUCAAGCACCACCAGGUCAAGUCACCAAACAGGGGGGCCCUCCCCAGCAAAAAGGUGGACCUCCUCAACAAGGACCUGGGAAGCCUGGACCCAAUCAGCAAGGGCCACCAGGCCCUGUGGCACAUCCCGGAGAACCAGUGAAGAAUGGAGGCCCGUCCAGUCAGCAGGGGGCUGGAAAGCCCGGAGGUGGACUCUGUCCACUGUGUAAGACCACACAGCUGAACAUUGGGUCGAAGGACACACCUAAUUACAGUUACUGCACCGAGUGUAAGAACCAGGUCUGCAGCCUCUGUGGGUUCAGCCCCCCAGACUCAGCGGGGAAAGAGUGGUUAUGUCUGAACUGCCAGAUGCAGCGAGCGAUGGGAGGUAUGACAAAACCCAAACAAGGCUCGGCCCCGCCCUCGCCCCAGAGACAGGCACCUGGCAAGCCCGGCAAGCUGCUGAUAAAGCAGCAGAGUACUACCGACCAAGGGUUAACGCCGCCAACCACACCAAGGCUGAAAUCUCCUACUUCUCCUGGACCGCUUUCCCCCGCCUCCUCAUUGGGGGGAUCCCCAAAGAUUGACCCCAAGACAGACAAACCCAUCCAGCCAAAGUCCAGUCCACAGCAGUCUCCAGCUAAAGCCAAACAGGAGUCCAGCUUCUUUGGGAGCUUGGGAGGUAUCAGUCUGGGAGGUUUAAGAGACGCCAAACCUCCUGCGUCUUCUUCACAAGGCGGCGAGUCCGUCACAGGGAAACUGUUCGGUGGGUUUGGGGGCUUGAUGGAAUCAUCGAAGCCCCAAGCGCAGGCAAAGCAGGAGGAGUCAGUGGCUGGGAAGUUGUUUGGAGGUUUUGGAGGGUUGAAAGAAUCGGCAAAACCUCCCGCUUCCGCUUCUCAGAUGUUCAGCUUUGGAUCGUCACUCUUGAGUUCAGCUACCAAUCUCGUCUCGGACGAGAAGGCGGCUGUUUCUCCACCCGAGUCGCCGGUAGACUCGGAGCCAGGUUCCCCUCUGGACUUUGGCCUCGGCUCGCCACCCGACUCCCCUUUCUCUCCUCACGGGUCUCCUCCUGAUUCCGACUGUGCUCCUGACACUCCACCUGCCAAGUCCAAGAAACCCCCCAGAACCAUCUCUGUGGAGCAGGAGGAGAAGGCGUCAGCAGCCGAACCUCCACCUGCAGCUGCCCCUGAAGCAAAGGGAAGCUGCCCUCUCUGCAAUGUGGAGCUGAACGCUGGAUCGGCAGACACACCCAACUACAGCGUCUGCACCACGUGCAAGAAGACAGUUUGCAAUCUUUGUGGAUUUAAUCCUACUCCCCAUUUAGGAGAGAGAGAAUGGCUUUGCCUCAGCUGUCAGACCCAAAGAGCCGUGUCGGGCCAGCUGGGAGAAAUGCCAGCUCCAGCCAUGGUUUCCCCCCAGAAGCAACCACCUUCUCCUGCUCCCUCUUCCACCCCUGCCCCUGCUGCUGUAGAUAGAAAACCUUUAGUAGAGGCAUCCGACCUAACCCCACCAGCUCCUGAUACCAAGGUGAAAGCAGUGGAGACCUAUAAAGAUCCUGGAGAGAAAGACAUAGCUGCCAUGGACAGCAGUCCCACCAGUCCAUCAGACCUAGCCAAACUGGAGAGCACAGUCCUACACAUUCUUGAGGCCCAGGCGACCAUACAACUAAAGGAUGAGGAGGAGAAACUAACAGACACCCUGAAGAGCAGACGUAAAUUAGAGGUGCUUCCUCUCUCACCUGACUCACCCAGCUCAGAUGAUGACCGAGACCUUUCUGAGAAGAAUACCAAAGGUACCACAAAGAAAAAGGUGCUUGUGCCCAUGGAUGCCAGGGUGGAUUCCCUUGAUGAUAGCAGUGAAAGCUUUGGAAAAGAAAGCCCGAUGUCUGGGGAUGAUGAGGAAUUUAUUCGAAAACAGAUCAUGGAAAUGAGUGAAAAUGAGGAUGCUUCUCCAUCUGAUGAGGAGAACCUCAUCAGACGCAAGAUAAGAGAGAAUGAGAAGAAACAAAUGGAAAAGAAGACAACUGAGGCUGUAGACAGGAGUACAUCCGGAAAAUCCAGGCGACUUACAAAGAAAAGCACUAUAAGUCCAGAUGAUGAAGAGGGUAAACAACUAUGUGGCUCAUUAGAUGGAACUAAUAUAUACGAAGAGGAAGGACAAGAAUUGAAGGAAGGGAGUGGUACUGGAGUUCGCAAAUUCCGAACUAUGGAACUGAAUUCAACCAGCAGCCCGAUGCGUAUACCUAAUGAUGAUGGAGAGCUUGAAAGCCUCACAGAGUCUCCAGAUGAUCGGUCUAGAGGUGAGGGAUCAUCUAGUCUUCAUGCAUCGAGCUUCACUCCUGGGACAUCCCCAACAUCCCUCUCAUCACUGGAUGAAGACAGUGACAGUAGUAGUCCCAGCCAUAUCCGUUCUAGUGAGGGUAAGCAACACAGGAAAGCUAAACACAGACAACCUGGUCAAAUGCUGCCAACUAUUGAGGACUCUUCCGAAGAGGAAGAGUUACGGGAAGAAGAGGAGCUGCUCAUGGAGCAAGAAAAACAGAAGGGAUCAGGGAAAAAGUCCAAGAAAGACAAAGAAGAGAUUCGAGCCCAGAGGAGGCGAGAGCGUCCAAAGACACCUCCAAGCAACCUUUCCCCCAUUGAAGAUGCCUCACCAACAGAGGAACUAAGACAAGAAGCUGAGAUGGAGGAAAUCAGACGAUCAUCCUGCUCUGAUUUCUCCCCCAGUGUUGAAUCGGAUUCUGAAGGAUUUGAAAUCCAUGCUGCAAAGAUUGCGGCAGUUCAGAAAACCUAUCAACUUCCUAUAUCAGUAUCUCUUAACUCCUCAACAGAUGAUCAACAUAUUGAUCAACAACAGAAACAAACUCUAAAAACUGCUGAUGAGGCUUAUGAGGAAAUAAUGCUGAGGGCUAACUCUCCAACACUUGACAAAGGUGAGAUUAAACCGGGAAAAGAGUCGCUUUACGGGGGCAUGCUGAUUGAAGACUAUGCCUAUGCAUCUCUUAUUGACAAUUCAACAGCUGAUCUGGGUGAGCCAGAGAAGAUUGUUGUUCCUGCUCAGCCCAAAACACUGAGAUCACCAGAUGAAGUGUAUGAAGACAUGAUAAAGAAAAGGAAGGAAUUCAUGCAGCUGGAGCAGGAAUAUCAAAACAUGCAUCCAAAAAUGGAAAGCACUAAUCCAGAAAUUGUGUUGCAACCUGCUGAGAAUAUCUUUUCCAAAAGCACCACAGUAACAUUUGGCAAAGAUGGGAAGCCUUUGUUAGAUGCUGAAACUGCCUAUGAAGAGCUAAUUAAAAGAGUGCUAACUCCUGGAACAAGUCCAACUCAGCAGGAGCCAGAAAUGGAAGCAACUGCAUCUAGAAGGGCACUCCACCCCAUUCCAGACUUAAAGGUGACGCAGUGCUCUUCUGGAGAGUUGUCCUCUGAUGACGAAAGUAUAAUUAAAAAAGAGGAAAAUAUAACUGCAGUAUCAGAGAAACCUGCAGCUAUGGAAACUGAGCAGACAGGGUUUUCCGAGUCCCCUCCAUCAUCCACAUCAUGUCAGGAAACUCAUACCACACUCCCAGAAUCCCAGCUUGAUGUUGUUGAUUUAUCUAUUGCACUUGCAAAAACAUCAGUCCCAAUAAUUGGCAGUGUUUCGCCCUUACCCACAGUCCCCCAGUACACAUCCUGUAUGCCUUGUGUAGUGUCAACUGCCCCACCUUUACCUCCCAAGCCUAGUGUCCUGCAUCCGGCUAAUUCUCAGGAAAAAGCGGAAGUACCUGUUGCACCACCGCUGCCUCCUCCCACCCCACCAAAACCUACUGUUUUUCCCAGGAAAGCUCCAGUUCCACUUCCACAUCAGGCUUCAACAACUCCAAUCAGGCCAGAGAUAGGGGCUAUGACUGCAGCCCAAGGGCCGCCUACAAGACAAGCAGCUACACCAAUUUACAAGCCUCAUGUUCCCCCUCCUGUUGCCCCAAAGCCUUCCAUCCAUGCCGGGACUGUGGAUAGCCACCGACCAGGACAUGCUGUCAAACCACCAAUUGCACCAAAGCCUAGCUCCCAGCCUUCUUCACCUGCCCAUGUCCCACACCCACUAAGACCCAGUGUACUUCCCACUGGUCCGACUGACAUAGCUCUAAAUCUGAGUCCUUUGUCUGAGAGCAAGCUAUUCCAACCCUCCCCAAAGUCUCCCUGUUCUCCAAGAUAUGCCAGGAAUCGUGAAACAUAUGUAGUCAUAACACUUCCAUCUCAGCCCAGCUCUCCAGUAGACAGUAUCUUAACUCAGGCUCCCUCUAGCCCUGGCCCAGCAUCUCCUUUACGACAAACUCAGCCCCAAAGUUAUCACCAACCACAACCAAAACUUCCAUCUUAUCCACAGCAGCAUCCACAACCAACCCCUCCUCAAACAACCAGAGUGCCUCUGGCAUACACACGGGUCACAGAAUCCAUUGAGAGUCAAGAGUUUUGUUGCCCAGAAAAACAUGUGUCUCGUUCUUGUCAUAUCAUUGAGGCUAUAUCUGCCUCUGCACAGCCACCUGUGGUUAUGCCUAACCUGAUCUCUCAAGUGGUCACCACAGAAGUCCAAAGGACCACUGUCUCUGUUGUUCAUGAAAGGACACAGCCACCAGUGCCAGCUCCAAGGGCAAAUGGUGUCCCGAUUUCAAUGGAGAAACCUAAGCCCCAAUUGCCAGCACAGAAUGGACAGGCCGUCCAACUUUUUGAGGUGGUAGAUCUUAGGACUGUAAAGGUGGACCCACAAUCAGACAUGAAUGGUGUGGAUCUUUCUGCUGGCCCAGACUCAAAACACCAGUUCUUUGCAACUGAAGUCAGUCAUCAGAACAGUGCAGUGCAGUCUGCUGUGGUCAAUCUCAGUGCCGAAUCAUCCACUGUUUCUAUAGUGACUGAUAGUAUCACCAUUGUGACCUGUGCUGCCACAAUUGAACAAUUGAACAAUGUAGACACCUCUCAAGUAUCUUCAGUGCCCCUUCAGUUAACAAAAAAUAAAGCAUUUGAACCUGUUUCUCAAAUCAUAUAUCAGCCUAUUGAUUCUCAGUUUACAACUCCUGCUGGUAUAGAAAUCCCUAUUAACCUAUCAAUUGGAUCAAGCACAUUUGGAGGAACUUUCCAGACCACUCCUGUCACUAUUGCACCCAUUUGUAUUGCAUGUGGUGUUGACAAUGGAUUAACUCUGGGUGGAACCACAGUGGCUGGAGCCGUUGACCUUAGCACAACAAAAACAUUCAACACUAUGGUAUUAGUGGAUGCUGCCUCUGCAGAGGUAGUUACAGCUGUAAUCACAGAUGGCGAUGGCAAACCAGUGGAUCUGACUGCCGGAAACAGAGCUGUAUGCUGUGAUGUUGUGUACAAGCUACCAUUUGCAGGAAGCUGCACUACUCAGCAACCUCCAACACCUCUGCCUGAAGAUCGUUUUGGAUAUCGUGAUGACCAUUACCAGUAUGACCGAUCCCCUUACGGCAUGAAAGGGUUUGGUGGAAUAAAACCGUCAAUGUCAGACACUAACCUAGCAGAGGCUGGCCUAUUCUUUUACAAGAGUAAGAACAGCUAUAAUUUCAGUGGUACCACAGAGUGUGCAGUAGAUCUUACCUCAGCAAAGAUUUCGGAUGCAGGUGAAGCUGUUGACUACUCCAAGAAAGGGACUUACGCCGGAAUGACAAUCCCACCCUAUUCACAAGCCAGAGUCACAAGUGCUGUCGGUACACUCUUUGGUACAAGCAGUGUCUUAAGGUCAUCAAAUGGGGAGGUCUAUUCCUCUGUUGCAGCACCAAUUCCUUCUACGAAUGCUAUUACCACCCAACCUGGGUCUAUCUUUAGUACAACGCAAAAUACACUUUCAGGUAUGCAUACCAGCGAUACAAUGCCUUCCCUGUCCAACCUCCAAAACUUAACACUUACAAGGUCCCAUAGUUUCCUGUCCACCCUCUCCUCUUCUGCAACAGAGGAACAAGGAGAUGCCCCACUUAAUCUGGAGAUCUCUAGAGAUGGUAGUACUACUGCUGUUGGCAGAGGAAUAACCUCUUUAUCCCUUGACACAUACACUGAUGUAUCCCUGGAGGCCAUAGCUGCUUCAUUGGAGGCUCUGUCUUCACCCAUGGUUCCUGGGGAUGGCCAGUAUCAGGUAGAGCGUGAGAGGCUAGAGAUGGAGAAACUCAAUCAACAGCGGUUGGCUGAGGAAUUGGAGUGGGAGCGCCAAGAGAUUCAACGGUUUCGAGAGCAUGAACAGCUCUUGGUGCAGAAAGAACUGGAGGAGCUGCAGUCCAUGAAGCAGCAUAUCCUGAACCAACAAGAAGAUGAAAGACAGGCUCACCUUAUGAUGCAGAAAGAAACAUAUGCCCAACAACAGCAGCAGCUUGAACAGAUACAGAGACUCCAAGAGCAGCUGCGCAUGCAACUGGAAGAACAAAAGCUUCGUCAGAUGUACCCAGGUGGCGACCUACCAGGACAUGGCGUGCAGGAGGCACUUGUCUUAGGACCUGAUGGCACAGUACUGUCCCGAAAGAUCACGGAUAGUGGGUGCCAGACAGAUGAAGAGGAUGAGGCAGUCAGCACAGCUUACACAGCAGGGAGAAAAAAGAAAAGUGCUAAAAAGAGUGUUGACAGUUGUGUGCAGACUGAUGAUGAAGAUCAAGACGAAUGGGAGGCUCAGACCAGAAACCGACAAAGCCGGCCACGCACUGCCAGGGGUGAUAGGGCUGGGCAGUCAGAUAUGUCUCUUAAAGCCCACACUGAGAUUUCUAUACAAACAGAUACAGAAGGGAACAUUCGAAUAGACUCCAGGCUGGAGCUGUCUGACUCUAAAAAAACCUCACCAAAGAAUCGACCCACCCCCUUAGAAAUAGGCCAGUCUCCUAACCUCAAAGUUGAUUCCUCUACACUUCAGACCCCUCCUAAAUCUCUUAACGUGCUCUAUUCCCCCAUAUCUCCCUGUAUAUCCCCGAGCAAAUCCCUUGAGUUUGUUUCCUAUGAGAAAUCAUUGGGUGAUACAAGCCCACAAAAGCUUAGAGGAAGUACAGAUCCAUCAAAAACCUCCCCAGCAAGUCCCAGGGGACCCAAAGCCAUGCAGAGAUCCAUGUCUGACCCUAAGCCCAUGAGUCCAACAGGAGAAGAAAGGGCAACAUGUGGCACCCAGUAUGGUGAUACUGGUAAAGGCUCAGGUGGCACAUCAACAGGCACUCAAAAGAAGGUGAAGAGGACUCUCCCAAAUCCACCAUCAGAGGACGAGUCAACAACGAGUGGUCAGACAGCAACCACCACUGGUUCGGCCCGUCGAAGAAUGUGCCGCAAUUCCAACAUGGCACGUGCUAAAAUCCUGCAAGACAUUGAUCGUGAGCUAGAUCUCGUUGAACGUGAGUCUUCCAAGCUCCGCAAAAGACAAGCAGAGCUCGAUGAGGAGGAGAAAGAGAUUGAUGCCAAGCUUAGGUACUUGGAGAUGGGCAUUAAUCGUAGAAAAGAUGUGCUACUGAUAGAGAGAGAGAAGAGAGAAAGGGCAUAUUUACAGAGUGUUGCAGAAGACAGAGACUACAUGUCAGACAGUGAGGUUAGUAACAUCCGAGAGACAAGGGGUGGGCUUGGAAGUGGUGAAGAUGAGGAGAUUGAAAGUCACGGUCUUGAACGUCCCAGAACAGCUCCCCAGUCGGAAUUGGAUGAAUUUGUUCCACCUCAAACUAAACAUGAGUAUGGUAAAUACAGCCAGUACCAAUACAAUCAAAACCAAUACCAGCAGUCUCUCUACCAGACUCCCCAGUCCUAUCAAUCCCAUUCUCUCUACUCCUCUGUCCCCUCCCUCACUAGCGCCCAGCAGCAGAGUUACCAUCAGAUGCUCCUGUUGCAGCAGAAAGCUGCCAGACAAGCAGCCCUCCUCUUAGAGCUGGAUGCAACUAGAUAUGAUGUCAUUAGCCGCCAGCCUGAUCCUACAUCAUCAGCUUACCUGGGAGUCACUUAUGACAAAUAUGGCAACCACCUUGACCUUCGAGCCUUGGAUGUUGGAAGUAUUGCACGUAGCCCCAUGUCAAAUGUCUCUGAUUCCUAUUAUACAGAUGUAGAUCCCCAUACACCUCGGAGUUACAUGUUGUUGGAAGAUGCUGCAGAACUGGCUAAGGGCUCCACAGGUAUGUCUUCAUCUUACAGUCUGGCUGAGAGAGAGCUGGCCAAAGCAGAGAAGCUGCUGCGUAGGAGUGCUGCAGAUCUGGGAUCUACUGACUAUCUGGGAUCCACCUCUAGACUCCAUACUUUUGGAAAGACUCCUGAUGAAGAGGAUACAAUGGAGGAACCUUACGAACUAAAACUCCUUAAGCAGCAGCUUAAGCAAGAAUUCAGGAGAAGUACUGGUGGGACAGAAAAUCUAGAACAAUUGACUGGCCUCUCCCAGCACUACUAUACCCCAAGCUCUAGCCUCUCUAGUUACUCCCAAAGACACUAUCCAAAGUCAGACAAGUACAGUAUCAGUCGACUUACUCUGGAGAAACAGGCAGCUAAACAGCUCCCUGCAUCAAUGCUGUACCAAAAACAUAACGCACCAUUGAUUGAUCCAAAGAUCUCUUCCAAGUAUUCAUCUAUUACAGACAACAGGGGUUUGGAGACAGACUAUAACAGCUAUCUUGGGUCUACCAGUGCAUCUGCAAGAUCUAGCCGACUCUCGCAAGAUGAGAUUACCUUCGGCCUUCGUAAGAAUAUUGCAGAGCAACAAAAAUACCUGGGGUCCACCUUGGGUGCCAACUUGGCUGGGUCACUAAAUUUGGGCCAGAGCCUAGGUUUGGAUUCUGCUUACCCUAGUGGUAGUCGCUCAAGACCCUCAUCCAGGCCCACAUCUUGCUAUGGCCUGGACUUGUCUAUUAAAAGAGACCCUUCCAGCUCUUCGCUGAGGCUUAAAGGGGAUGGUGAAACAUCUGGAGAUGUACCAAGCUAUCAAACCCCGUCUGGUCGCACCAAACCUAAUAGCCUUCCCAUUGUGCAAAGUGGCCGUGGCCGAUUACCCAUUGUGGCUCAAAACUCGGAGGAAGAGAGCCCAUUGAGCCCUGUUGGUCAACCUAUGGGCAUGGCCCGUGCAUCAGCGGGACCUCUACCACCCAUCUCAGCUGAUUCAAGGGACCAGUUUGGUUCCUGUCUGUCCUUGCAGGACUCCCAGCAGCAGCAACAUAUCAGGGAAGAACCAACCAGGGGUAGGGGUUAUGUGCUGCUGGAUGACCUUCAGGGCACCAUGUCAGAUAGUGAAGCCCUAAGUGAUUCCAUGAUGGCUUUGAACAGAGACGAUGCAACCAAUGCCUACCACCUAAGACAAGAGGAGACAGACUGGUUUGACAAACCUAGGGAUGGGCGAUCAGAGAAUGGACAAGAAAAGAGACAGGGAAAAGGCCUGUACCCCUUCCCUCACCUCUGGGUCAAACUGCUGAGGGAUCCCAAAGACCGCAGUGUCUCAGGAAAUGGUCUGGGUAUCCGUGUGGUUGGAGGGAAAGAAGUCCCUGGCAGUAAUGGAGAUAUUGGAGCCUAUGUUGCCAAAGUCCUACCUGGUGGAGCUGCAGAACAAACUGGAAAGAUUCUUGAAGGAAUGCAAGUGCUGGAGUGGAGUGGUGUUCCUUUGACGGGGAAAACCUAUGAAGAGGUACAAGGGCUGGUUGGGCAGCCAUGCAGUGAGGCAGAAGUGUGUGUCAGACUUGAUCUAAACAUGCUGGCUGAGUCUGACGGUUCCAGCCACCUGGAUUUCCAGGAGCACAGCAAAGGUGACAGACCUCCGAGGUCUCCAGGUGUUGACCCCAAGCAGCUGGCGGCUGAGCUGCAAAAGGUAUCCCAGCAGCAGGGUCCCAGCUCCACCUCUUCCUCCGGCCUGCCCCCCACCACCUCAGCAACCUCCAGUCCCGGUCAGCCGGGAUCACCGUCCGUUAGCAAGAAACGCCACAGCAGCAAGACUGCAGAGGGAAUGAAGACCCAGUCCCACCCGAUCUCUGGAGAGAUACAGCUUCAAAUCCACUACGACAAGCAGCUUGGCAACUUGAUCGUGCAUGUCCUGCAGGCCAGAAACCUUGCCCUGCGAGACAACAAUGACUACUCUGACCCGUUUGUUAAAGUGUAUCUCCUACCAGGGAGAGGUCAGGUCAUGGUUGUCCAGAACGCCAGUGCUGAAAACAAAAGGAGGUCCAAAACCGCAGGCAAGAGUCUCAACCCGGAGUGGAACCAGACUGUCAUCUAUAAAAACAUCCACCUGGAGCAACUGAGAAAGAAGACCCUGGAGGUGAGCGUGUGGGACUAUGACAAGUGCUCCUCGAAUGAUUUCUUAGGAGAGAUCCUGAUUGACCUGUCCAACACCGCCCAGCUGGACAACAUCCCGCGGUGGCUCCUGCUGAAGGAGCAGACUGAGGGGGACCACCACCGACGCUCCCACUCAAGCCAAGGCCGACAUAGUUCCUCUAAACCCUCGUCACAGCACUCCUCACCUAAAACCACCGGAUCCGCCGCACAUGACAAUCAGGAUUCCCCCAAAUCAUCCGUCAGCAAGAGCCGAAGCCACGGGAUCUUUCCAGAUCCGGCCAAGGACACGCAGGUGCCCACUAUCGAGAAAUCUCACAGUAGCCCUGGCACAUCGAAGCCUUCCCCGUCCGAGGGCCAGAGCCAAAGCCACGGACAAAGCCAACACUCUCGCUCGCACGGCGCUUCACGCUCCAGCAAAAGUGGCGCACGGCAACACCAUCAGGACACCAUCAGGAUAGCAACGGGCGAUGCCCUACAGCAGUCACGGCAGCAGCUGCCGCAACGCCUUCAACCAAGCCAAAGAGGCCGCCUCUCACUAAGGCACCAGAGACACAGCGUAGUGGGCGUGCUCACCAUUCAGAGAGCCCAGUCUGACUGGUUGCCUGCCCUGCCAUCGGUUGUGUCAGCCAAAGGGAGCAGAGCAGACGGCAGACACCUGACCCUCAGGAAAGCCGUGUCAGAAGAGAGGCCGCACAGCACCGGAGCUCGGUCCAGCUACAGAUCCGGUGAUGCCCCGGUCACAGCAGCCUCAUUGGACAGCGGCCUGAGUGGCAGUGCCUACAGCCUAUUGGACGAAGAAGGAGAGAUGAACGAGGUGGACAGUGCUAUCUUCCAGGUGCCGCGACUUGGAAAGAUCCCAAACGGCACAGACGAGAUGAAAUCAUCAAUGGGACACGGUGACACCGAAGGUAAGUCACAGGUAAUGGGAGAGAUCAAGAUUGCCCUGAAGAAGGAGAUUAAGACAGAGGGAGAUCAACUGGUCCUUGAGAUUCUUCAAUGUCGCAACAUCACCUACAAGUUCAAGUCCCCUGACCACCUGCCUGAUCUGUAUGUGAAGCUCUAUGUGGUGAACAUCGCUACCCAGAAAAGGAUCAUCAAGAAGAAGACCAGAGUGUGCCGUCAUGACCGGGAGCCAUCUUUUAACGAAACCUUCCGCUUCUGUAUGAACCCGGCCGGACACUCGCUACAGCUGUUCCUGGUGUCCAACGCCGGCAAGUUUGUGAAGAAGACUCUGAUCGGGGAGGCGUACGUAUGGCUGGACAAAGUCGACCUACGCAAGCGAGUGGUGAGCUGGCACAAGCUGCUCGCCAGCACCGCCCACAUCCACUCAUAGGAGGAGACUCAAUCCAACAAAAACUGAGCUUAAGAGAUCACAAAGGAGGUUUCUGUCAUCUGGGGAUGUUUAGGUUCAACAUCUGUAACACCGAGCCACUCUCGUUGUUAAAAGGUGGAUUGGGUUCGAAAAUAUCUCUUUCUUCAAUCUUUGUUUCAGGGCUAAAUUUUUUGGGGCAAUUCCGAUGAUGAUUUCUGUCGUGCAGGAAGUCUGGAGGAAGUAGUAAAUGCGUUUACAGGAAAUGAACAGACGUUUACAGGACGUACGGUGUACAGUAGAGUGUAGCCAGGGCUGAGGAAAAAGAGCAGGUGCUGAGUUCAGAGGUCAAGCACAGAAUCAACCAGGUAUUAAACACUAGAAUACACAACAAACACACACUAACAGAUUCACACGAUUAUUUAAGACAACUUUGCACACUCAUUCACGCAGAAGAGACAUUUUUAAUUCUACAGGGAAUGGGACACACUUUAUUUAUUUAGAUGUUUUAUCCAUAAAAGAUUUUCCUCAUUCCUUUAUUAUGAGCGCAGAGUUUUAUUGAUUUACAAAGCAUUUUGGGAAUAAGAUAUUUAAAACUACGCUACGGAGACAUUGUGUUUAUUUUUGUAUUAUGAUAUAAGCGUAGAAUUCUAUCAUUUGAUUUCUCCUCAAUUAUUUAAGUACUUAAAAAUCUAUCCUGUAAAGGAUGAAUAGUAUAUUUUGUAACACACUACCUAACGUUCCAGUUCAAGAGAAAUCUCAGCAGGCAUGAAUUUAUUCACAGAAACAUCUCUUUGUUCACUUUUCCUUUUUUUCUCCAUAAGUGGAAACUCAGUUCUAUCAAAUCAAUAUUUUUUGAUCAUGAACACUAUAUAUUUUGCACAUGAGUCUAUCUAUAUGGUAUGCUGUGCCACAUUUUCUGUACAAAAAACAAACAUCACCUCUAAGGUUCACUUUGUAUAUAGUGAAGUGUCAUAGCUGGAAAUUAUAUAACAUAUAUAGAUAGAUAUAUAGAUCUUUAUCACAGACAAUCGAGUCUUGAUGAUUGUGACAUAGAGGUUUUAUUUACCCAUAAUGCCCUUUAGAAUGUGAGAGAUGUACCAAUUGAGAUUUAGGUACUUCUUGUUUUUCUUUGUGAGAUCCAGGCACAAUUACGAUUCCUAUAUCAGUCCUGCUUUCAGUUAUAGGAGCAGUCCACUCAACAAUGUGUACGUUUGUGUGGUAUUUUUGCACUUUUUCUGCUUAGAAUGUAAAUCUGACGUCAUUUUCUGCUAGAAAUGAGAUAGCCAGACAAUGUUUUUAUUUCCAAGUGGAGGAAGUAGAGCGAUGCCAAUAAUAGGGGAUAGACAAAUGUGCCGGAAACCAUCCAAGGAAAAGCACUAUUACUAUUCUAAUAUACGACAAUGCUUUUACAGCAGCAUGUUGAUGUUUUGUCCCAGCUUUAUUGUCAUAAAUGUGUUGUCUUGAUAUUACCACUUCGGAUCACCAAUGCUGUGUCUCAAAGUCUACUCUGUCUAUCGUGUCUUGCUGUGUGCUUGUAUGGGGGUCAAGAGGCAGGAGAGCUGGUUCAUUCAUUAUUUUCAGUGCAACUUAGUGAAAAUUGAUAUCUAAGUGAUUUCUAUGCAACGUCUACUGUGUAAAGGUGGUAACUGCAUCUUGACUUGCCAGAAAUGUGAGUAGAGAGGAAACAUUGACACAGAUAUUUAUUUUGCACUGCAGUGUUUUCAUGUCCUUCAUGAUUAUUGCUUCAAUGUGAUUUUUUUUACAUGUUAUUUUGUAUUGUUAAUAUCAAUCUUUAUUUAUUGCCUGUACGCCUAUUUUAUAUGUUGUAUUAUAUCUCUUUACAGGACAUAUCAGGUGUACAUAUUAAAAACACAUUGAGGGAUUUUGUUUUAUACACAAUGUCGUACUUGUUUACAAGGUUUACAGGGCCUGAAACUCCUUGGCACCAACACACACUCACAUUAUGGCAAUUCACAUGCACAAAUCCCAAAUUGCACAUCGUUAUGAAUUAAGAUAAGAAAAUAAUAGCAUUCCUAUUGAAAAUAUUCUAAUUAGCUUGCACUCCCCAUUUGAAUAGUUUAAUUUGUCUGAGUGAAAUUACCCAAAAAAUAAUAAUAAAAAGUUGUACACAAUGGAUGUUAUACCUGCUAUGAUCGUAGUUUUAAGGUCAGUGUAUUAUUUUAGUUUUUCAUACCUCAUGUGCUUGUGUGUAGCAUCUUCAUAACAAGUCCAUGCAUGUCAUUUGCUGUAAUGCAUAUCUCUUCUUUUAAGUGUUGUCUGUCGAAAACUAUUGACUUUAAAAUCUCUCGUAACACACAAAGAAUUACACACUCUAUCUCUCACACACACACACGCACACACACAGAUGCUAUCUCUCUCUAUUUCCAACCUUGUAAAUACAUAGCUUUUUAUACUGGGGUUUGGGGAGCAGUAGUUCUUUUAGCAGACAAAAAAAGUUGUGUGAUCAUAGAAGUAAAAGGAUGUUUUUUUCUCUCUCGAUCAAUGGAUAGACUGUGAAACGACCAUACGUCUGUCCAUAGAGACACAGAUUUACCCGACCCUUUACAUCAAACACUAAAGGUUCACCAGAGUCUCACUACACAGAAUUAUAUCUCACAACUCAAGCAGUUGCAGGAUAAUUUAAAUGUGCUCACACUGGAUGUUGCAUGUUUCGUUGGUGGUUCAUACUAUUUUUGUGUCCAGAUAUUAUUAGAAAGAAGAAGAAAAAAAGAAUAAGGUACGGAAAGAUAUAGAACAAAAUUGCUAUCGGAGGGGGACAUGAUGAAGAAAAACCUAUUCAAAUGAUUGAAGAUGUAUGCUGACUGUACAAAGAUUAUGCUUGUAAAACCUGGUCUGGUUUUUCACUUGUAAGUAAACAUAAAAGAAAAAAAAUCUACUGUCAUGGUUUUGUGAUUGUAUACAGGAGGUAUUGAUGAAUUAUGCAAAUUGUGCUGUAAAAAUGGCUGUUGCCCCAUGUCUAAAUAUUAAAUAUCAGUACAAAUUAAAUGA